GCGAACGAGAGAGAGGGCGCGACCACCACCACCACCUCUUAAAUAGUCCGACGCGCGCACUCUCUCUCCGUCAUCAGACACAGAUGCAGAAGGAAGAAUAUACAUAGAAGUGAAGAUUCCAGAGAUUGAGAGAGAGAGAGAGAGGAUGGAGGAUGCGGAGCAGUACCUGUUCAAGAUCGUGAUCAUUGGCGACUCGGCGGUGGGGAAGUCCAAUUUGCUGUCGCGCUACGCCCGCAACGAGUUCAAUCUCCACUCCAAGGCCACCAUCGGGGUGGAGUUCCAGACGCAGAGCAUGGAGAUCGACGGCAAGGAGGUGAAGUCCCAGAUCUGGGACACCGCCGGCCAGGAGCGCUUCCGCGCCGUCACCUCCGCCUACUACCGCGGCGCCGUCGGCGCGCUCGUCGUCUACGACAUCUCCCGCCGCACCACCUUCGACAGCGUCCCCCGCUGGCUUCAGGAGCUCAACACACAUUCUGACACCGCGGUUGCGAAGAUGCUGGUCGGCAACAAAUGCGAUCUGGAGGACAUCAGAGACAUAUCCAUCGACGAAGGAAAAAGCCUUGCGGAAGCCGAAGGGCUCUUUUUCAUCGAGACCUCAGCUCUGGAUUGUACAAAUGUGAAGAAGGCAUUUGAGAUUGUCAUCAGGGAGAUAUACAACAACAUCAGCAGGAAGGUUUUGAACUCUGAUUCCUACAAAGCGGAAUUGUCUCGAGACAGGGUGAGCAUUACCAGCAACGGGAAUGAUGAGGCAAAACAAGCUUCCAGCAAACUCUCCUGCUGUUGAAACUGUUGUUGUGGAUCCAAAAUUAUAGCCAUCGAACGAUUUCGAGCCAUGAGGAUGGAUUUUGUUUGUCAUGUGUUUGAGAUUUCUUCAAGGUUUUUAACGAGUCAUCCGUAGAGCCAAAAUUUAGAUAACUAUUGGUCAAGGAUGUACAUUUUUAUGAUUUGUUCUUUAUGAUUUACUACUAUGAAAUCAUCUUCUUUUGUAAUGGAGUGCUGUAAAAUUCCGGUACUCAAACAAUAACUUUCAUAUUUUAGUAAGUUUAGUGUGUUAUUCUGCCUUGGAA